AUGACAAAGCAAGGCAAAGCAAGGCCAAGGAAGGCAAAGCAAGGCCAAGGAAGGCAAAGCAAGGCAAGGCAAAGGAAGGCAAAGCAAGGCCAAGGAAGGCAAAGCAAGGCAAGGCAAAGGAAGGCAAAGCAAGGCAAGGCAAAGGAAGGCAAAGCAAGGCCAAGGAAGGCAAAGCAAGGCAAGGCAAAGGAAGGCAAAGCAAGGCAAGGCAAAGGAAGGCAAAGCAAGGCAAGGCAAAGGAAGGCAAAGCAAGGCCAAGGAAGGCAAAGCAAGGCCAAGGAAGGCAAAGCAAGGCAAGGCAAAGGAAGGCAAAGCAAGGCCAAGGAAGGCAAAGCAAGGCAAGGCAAAGGAAGGCAAAGCAAGGCAAGGCAAAGGAAGGCAAAGCAAGGCAAGGCAAAGGAAGGCAAAGCAAGGCAAGGCAAAGGAAGGCAAAGCAAGGCAAGGCAAAGGAAGGCAAAGCAAGGCCAAGGAAGGCAAAGCAAGGCAAGGCAAAGGAAGGCAAAGCAAGGCCAAGGAAGGCAAAGCAAGGCCAAGGAAGGCAAAGCAAGGCAAGGCAAAGGAAGGCAAAGCAAGGCAAGGCAAAGGAAGGCAAAGCAAGGCCAAGGAAGGCAAAGCAAGGCAAGGCAAAGGAAGGCAAAGCAAGGCCAAGGAAGGCAAAGCAAGGCCAAGGAAGGCAAAGCAAGGCCAAGGAAGGCAAAGCAAGGCCAAGGAAGGCAAAGCAAGGCAAGGCAAAGGAAGGCAAAGCAAGGCCAAGGAAGGCAAAGCAAGGCCAAGGAAGGCAAAGCAAGGCAAGGCAAAGGAAGGCAAAGCAAGGCCAAGGAAGGCAAAGCAAGGCCAAGGAAGGCAAAGCAAGGCAAGGCAAAGGAAGGCAAAGCAAGGCAAAGCAUGACAAAGCAAGGCAAAGCAUGA